UUUUCAUUUUAAUUGUUCUGGUCAGAUUUACGGAAUAUUAUUCAAUUCUGGGAUUAUGGUCAAACCAAAGCAUCAUGUUUGGAAACAUUUUCAAGAAGUACGCGAUGGUAAAUCAGUUAAAGCGGUGUGCAAGUUUUGCAAGAUGUCCUAUAUCACCCACGUUGAUAGAAUGGUCAAACAUUUAUUAAGCAGCUGUACUAUGUGCCCUGUUAUAAUUAAGGAAAAAUUUUAUUCAAAUUCCAAAAUAUCAACCUCUACAAAAAAUAUCACAAAUGUAAUUUGUAAUACUUCUAAGUCUAACUCUAAUGAAGAAUUGGGUGAAAUUAGUGAGAAUGAUUAUCAAAUGAACAAUAUUUUGUCUUGUGACUCAGGAGAAUUUGAUUCCCUUAUUUCUAAUCAAUCUACAAGCAAGGCGAUUAAAUAUAAAUCUCAAUCUUGUAUAACCGGUUUCAUAGAUAGAAUUAAUCCCAAAGAAAAAAAUGAGCUGGAUCAAUUGUUUGCAAAGGCUGUAUAUGCGAGCAAUUUACCUUUCCACAUCACUGAAAAUCCCUACAUCCAAGAAUUUUUUAAAAAAAUACGUCCUAUUUACACAUUACCCAGGAGAAGGCAGCUGGCUGGAUAUCUUCUAGACAAAGCGUCAGGUGAUAUGGAGGUGAGAGUUGCAGAUAUAAUAGAUAAAGCUCCUUACUUAUCAAUUGUAUCAGAUGGCUGGAGCAACAUUAGAAACGAGAGUAUUUUUAAUUUUAUGGUGAUGACGCCUGUUCCAGUGUUCUACAAAUUUCUAAAUACUGAGGAAAAUCGCCAUACGGCAGAUUAUAUUGCCCAGGAAUUUAAAAAUGUAAUUCAUGAAUUGAAUCCGAUAAAAAUAUAUUCUUUAGUUACUGAUAAUGCCGCUAACAUGAAAGCAGCCUGGAGAAUUCUAAAAUCUGAAUCUAUUUAUAAUCAUAUACAAUGUUAUGGUUGUGCAGCGCAUACAUUGCAGUUAUUCUUUCACGAUUUUGAACGUUUGGACGCCUUCAGUGACCAUAUUUCAAUAAUUAAAAAAAUUGAGAAAUUUUUUAAGAAUAAACACAUACCAGCUGCAGUAUCUUCCCGUAAUAAGAAUCUUCAUGGCAUACCAUCUACAUUAAGUACAAUUAGCCAAACAAGAUGGGCAUCGUCAAUAAAAUGUAUGGAGCAAAUUCAAAUAUGCAAGAAAGCUCUAAAAGCAUCAGUUGUUGAAGAAGCUCUAUACUCCAACCUUUAG